AUGACCUCCCAAUUAACGACCAUUCCGGCGCGCCACGGAAUCGCAGUUCCCCUCUCAGCCGGCCAGACCAUAAAAGUGAUCAACACGCACGGCAACCAAGUCGUCGACACGUGGGCCUUCACGCUGAGCUCCUUCCCGCCGUCGCCCAGCAGCGCCAUCAAGACGCAGCUGAGCAUGCAGCACACGCGCGCCUCGCUAUGCCGCGUGAUCCCGCAGGCUGGCGACGGGCUGUAUGACAACGAGCGCAAGAAGAUCUUGACUAUGACGGAGGAUACGACGGCGGGACAUCAUGAUACGUUGAUGGCGGCGUGCGACAAGCAGCGCUAUGAGGAGUUGGGCGGCGGCAGUAGCCAUCGUAAUUGUUCGGAUAAUUUGGUGGAGGGGUUGGCGGCUAUUGGUUGGUUGGCCCCUUUCUUUAUGUUUUCUUCUUCCUUCUUUCCCUCUCCGUUUUCACCACAAUUCACUCCCUCGCCGUUCAAUCUGUUCAUGAACAUUCCAGUCCACGAGGAUCGAACUACCCUCAGUUUUGACCCGCCAACUAGCAAGGAGGGCCAGUAUGUUUGUUUGAAGGCUGAGGUCGAUUUGGUUAUUGCUUUUAGUGCUUGUCCUCAGGUGAGUUAUGAAAAUGCCCUGUCCUGAAACUUGCGUAGAGUGAUGUGUGGAUAUUGCGGGGAGUAGUGAAGGAUGCUGAUUGUGAUCAUAUAGGAUAUCCUGAGCAUUAACUGUGGGAAGCCCGUUGAUGCGCAUU